AUGCAAGGCGGGCUGCACGCUUCUUCUUCCUCCACUCCACUCUCAUUCUCCCUUACUACCUCUGACGCCUUAGUUCCGGCUCAGACUCAGACUCAGACCUGGAACUUGGAACCCGGGACUUUGUUGCAAUUUGUUGGAUUGUCUGUCUCCAUCCGGCGGCCGACCAUCCUUCCAAUUCUCACUCCUCCACCCCGUCCAUCCUCCUCUUCGCCCUCCCCUCCGGGCCUUUGUCACCCGGCCUCUCUCUCCAACUCUUUUUUCCCAGCCUUGCCUUGUUGCAUCACUCUUCGACUUGGCCGUCGAGCUGUGGCCACCGCUAACGCUGCUGGUGCUGCCGUUGCCGAGACGCCCGUUCCAACCGCGCCCGCGCCGCUCUCGACGACAUCUCGUGAGAUCGACCAUCUUCGAGCCGUCUGCAGCCUCGUUUCCUCCGUUGCGCUCCUUCUCUCCCUCCACAGCCAGCUGCCGCCGUUGCUGCUGCUGCUGCCAGCCAUAGCAACAUGCUCGCCUCCUCUCGAGCUCCACGUUCGCUUUCGCUUCAAACCAGCUACUGACAAUUCUCUCCGUCACCAGAGUCACGACGUGAAUUCCCCAAACGACAUGGUCAUGGACACGGACGACUACGUCGGCGUCGCCAAUGAGCCUGACAAGGACCCCGUCGCCAUCAUCCCAGAAACUCUCGACCAAGAGGCCGACCAGCUGCAAGACCUGCCGAUGGCCAACGAUCACGAUGCGAUGAAAGAGCUUGUCUUGCCUCCGCUGGUCGAUGAGCCGAAGAUCCUCGGCGACUACGAGCACACAUGGACAGUCGAGAACUGGCGCAGUCUAGGCAAGAAGGAACAUGGCCCUGUCUUCCAGGCCCACGGAUUCCCUUGGCGCAUCUUGCUGUUCCCCCACGGCAACAACAUCGAUCAGUGCUCCAUUUACCUCGAACAUGGCUUCGACGCUGAUGCCGUCCCCGAUAACUGGAGCUGCUGCCUCCAGUUCUCCCUCGUCCUCUGGAACCCGAACGACCCCAGCUUAUACUGCCACCAUGCUGCCCACCACAGGUUCACCAAGGAGGAGGGCGACUGGGGCUUCACCCGAUUCGUCGAGCACCGACGCAUGUUCAAUGUGCCUUGGGAUGGUGGUAGCCGGCCUCUUUGCGAAGAUGACACUGCCAACAUUACUGCCUACGUUCGUUUCGUCGAGGACGAGACAGGUGUCCUGUGGCACAACUUUGCCAACUACGACUCCAAGAAAGAGACGGGCUAUGUUGGGCUCAAGAACCAAGGCGCCACCUGUUACCUCAACUCCCUCAUCCAGUCACUCUACUUCACAAACGCGUUCCGAAAGGCCAUCUAUGAAAUCCCCACUGAAAAUGAUCAAGGCAUGGACAAUAGCGCGUAUACCCUACAGCGACUCUUUUACCAGUUGCAAACAUCCGAGCAGGCCGUCGGAACAAAUGAGCUCACUAAGUCUUUUGGUUGGGAAACUCGACACAUCUUUGAACAACAAGAUGUCCAAGAGCUGUCCCGCAAGCUCAUGGAGAGAAUGGAGGAGAAGAUGAAGGGCACAAAGUCGCAAACUGUCCUUCCUGAAAUGUUCAGUGGAAAGAUCAAGACUUACAUCUCUUGUAUAAACGUCGACUACGAAUCAAGUCGCAUCGAAGACUUCUGGGAUAUUCAACUCAACGUGAGCGGGAACACGAACUUGCUCGACAGUUUCAAAGACUACAUCCAGGUCGAGAAGAUGGAUGGAGAGAACCAAUACUUUGCAGGUGAUCAAUUUAAGCUGCAAGACGCCAACAAGGGAGUCAUUUUCACCAGCUUCCCCGAUGUGCUGCACCUCCAGCUCAAACGAUUCGAGUACGAUAUCCAACGCGAUAUGAUGAUGAAGAUCAACGACCGCUACGAGUUCCCCGACGUAUUUGAUGCCGCACCAUACCUCUCCGAUGAUUCCGACAAGUCCGGAUCGUGGAUGUACCAGCUUCACAGCGUUCUCGUUCACAGCGGCGAUUUGAAUGCCGGUCAUUACUACGCAUUCUUGAAGCCUGGAAAAGACGGCUGGUUCUAUAAGUACGACGAUGACAAGGUUACCAAGGCCACCAUGAGAGAAGUGCUUGAGGAGAACUUUGGUGGCGAGUACCGAACCUCGAAUGGCUUCCCUCGUGCGCCCCUCCAGAAGAAGGCCCCUAUCAUGCGCCAGAACAGCGCAUACAUGUUGGUUUACAUCCGCCAGUCGCGUGUUGACCAGAUUCUUCACCCUGUCAACCAGGACGAUAUUCCCCAACAUCUCCAGGAACGCUUCAACGAGGAAACCGCCCUUCGGGAAGCUAAGAGGAAGGAACAGAGGGAGGCACAUCUCUACAUGAUGGCAAAGGUCAUUACUGACAAGUCCUUCCGAAGCUAUGGCGGGACCGAUCUCUGCCUCUUUGACGCCAACCCGGAAGUCGAUCCUGCCGCUCCCAAGUCCUACCGAAUCCGUCGAGCCAUGACGAUGGCGGAGUUUGUAACCCAGGUAGCCGGUGACAUGAACGAAGAUCCGCGCAAGGUGCGACUUUGGCUCAUGGUCAACCGACAAAACAAAACUAUCCGACCCGACCAACCCAUUAUGGAUCUAGGACCUACGGUUGAGGAGACAUAUGCUCGCUCGGCGGCACACCGAGACACCAGUCUGCGGGUGUGGGCGGAAGUGGCGGACGAGGUUAACUCUAAUGGCGAACCAAUCUGGCCGUCCUACCAAAGCCAACCGAAUGGCGUUGUCGUCAAGAACGACACCAUCUUGCUCCUUCUGAAGCACUUUGACAACGAGACCCAGACCCUGAGGGGUGUUGGCCAUGUCUACAUUGCGAAGGAGAAGAAGGUGGAGGAGCUAGUUCCGUUAAUCGCCAAGAGAAUGGGCUGGGGAGAGAAGUUACCCGCCGACGAGAAACUUCUCUUGUGGGAGGAAAUCAAACCAACAAUGAUCGAACCCCUGAAGUCGAAGCAGUCUUUGAAGGUUGCUGAGCUCCAGGAUGGAGACAUUAUUUGCUUCCAGCGAUCUAGCGAGCGCAAAUCCGAGCAACAAAAGCGCUCAGGCGACAAGCCACUGGAGACGGUCACCACAUCGGAUCACUUUGAGGAUGCCCGCGAAUACUACGACUUCCUUGAGCACAAGAGGACAGUGAGAUUCCAUCCUCACACUACACGAUGCGAUCCGGCCCUGUACCCCCCGUUCGAUCUAGUUUUGAAUUCUAAAAUCACGUACGACACUCUGGCGGAACGGGUUGGGGCUCACCUCAAGGUAGACGCAACACACAUUCGAUUCUGGACGGUCAGCUCGGCAACCGACAACCCCAAGGCAUCAGUGAGGCGUGGAGCAAACCCUACCCUGCGACAAAUCUUGAACCCCCUGGGAUCCACCAGCCUUAGCUCAAGUCAACGAGGCGACGCCUUUUAUUUCGAAGUCCUUGAGAUCACUUUGGCUGAGCUAGACACGAAGAAAAGCAUCAAGCUGACUUGGCUGAGCGAGGGAAUCACGAAGGAGGACCAGUUCGACUUGCUUGUUCCCAAGACCGGAACAGUCGAGGAUUUGAUCGAAGCUUUGAUCAAAAAGGCGCACAUCUCGAGCGAGGAUGAGGGUGGCAGGAUACGGGUUUACGAGACCAGCUCUAACAGAUUCUAUCGUGAACCUGUUCGAGAACACCCAGUCAUGAACCUCAACGAUUUUACUCAGCUCUACGCCGAGCGUGUUCCGCAGGACGAGGCAGUAGCGGAGGAUGGCAACUUCAUCCAGGUCUUCCAUUUCCAGAACGACGUGAGCCGAGUCCACGGCGUCCCGUUCAAGUUCCUCCUCAUCGAGGGCGAGAAAUUUGCGGAUACGAAGAAGCGAUUGGAAAAGCGAACUGGAAUCAAGGGCAAGAGCUUUGAGAAAAUCAAGAUUGCCGUGGUUCGACGAGCCAACUACUCCAAGCCUCAAUAUCUCAAUGAUGAAGAUGAACUUUGGAAUGUUGCACAAUCCGAUGAUGACUACCUCGGCCUUGACCAUGUGGAUAGAACAAGGACGCUGAGGAAUGGCGUUGGGGAUCUUUUCCUUAAAUGA